AGACAACAUUCCAGCAGAGGCAAUGAAAGCAGAUGUGGAAGCAACUGCGAAAAUAUUUCACAUCCUCUUCAAGAAGAUUUGGGAUGAGGAACAAGUACCAUCAGAUUGGAAAGAAGGAUACCUCAUCAAAAUACCAAAGAAAGGCGAUCUCAGCAAGUGUGAGAACUACAGAGGCAUCACUCUUCUUUCAAUACCAGGCAAAGUCUUCAACAGGGUAUUGUUAAACAGAAUGAAGGACUUCGUAGACGCCCAACUUCGAGAUCAACAGGCCGGAUUUCGUAAGGAUCGAUCAUGUACUGACCAAAUUGCUACAUUACGGAUC